AAAUAUGUUCACUUCAGUAAAUUUCUUGCAGAUGAGUUAGCAUCGAAUAACCUGAAGUAUGGGAAAUGUAACUGUUUGCCGUCCUGCGACAGUGUUCACUAUGAUGCUGAAAUUCUUAAAACAGAAUUUGAUUUACAAAAAUAUAAUAAUUCCAUUAAAAUGAUCGAUAACCGAACUUUAAAAGGUAAUCGCAGAUAUUCCCGUUUGGAAAUUUACUUCAAAGAGCCGCGUUUCGUGUCAAUGCGGCGUUCGGAGCUGUUCGGAUUGACGGACUUUCUGGCCAAUUGCGGAGGGCUUCUGGGCCUGUUCCUCGGGUUCUCCUUCCUCAGCCUUGUUGAGAUCUUCUACUUCUGUACUCUAAGAUUGUGGUGUACCCUGAAAAACGACAUGAAAAAUGAAAAGAAGAAGCUAAAGGAAAGUGUGUAUAAAAAAUAGAUUUUUCGAUAUAAAUCUUUCGAUACUCUUGUAUAAUUCAAUAUGUAAAAGAAACAACUAUGUAGUUUGAGUAAUUAUUUAAGAAUUAGUUUAAGUAUCACAUCCGAUUCACAGUGGCAUAAGCCCGGACCAACUUGCACAUAAAUUAAACGUAUUGUCUGUUUCUCUUGAAAAUGUUUUUAAUUGUAAAACAUAUUAGUACUUACAUCUGACACGUUUAGGUAUAAAUUUCGUUUUAUAAUUAUUAGUAUAGUUCAGUUGUAUGAAAUUGAAUUAUUGUGGUGAAUUUAUCAUUAUAUCUUUAAUACAUUAAUAAAAUAACGUUGUUAAUUUUUUUUACGGAAACAUAAGCCGACACAAAAACUUGUACACUUCUUUAACCUCACCUUCAUGAUGUCAAAUACAUACAUUUUCAAAGGGUUUAUUGACUAAUCAAACAAAAUUCUACUUAGUACAUAUUAAGCUAAACAUACUAUUAAAUAUCAAAAUAAAGUUCCAAUAUUGCCUAAAUGAAAGUAGUUACGACAUGUAAACAUUACCCUCCGUCCAAGAUCUGUCAGAAAAAGAUAGGUUAAUAUCCUCUUUCUACACGUCCAUUUCAGUAUGGAUUGCGUGGCGUGGCUGUCAAUAUCUCCACUGGUAUAUCUUUAAGCUGUCAAAAGUGUAUCAUUUGAGUGCAACCGGUUACGCUCGGCCGCCGAUCAUCUGAUACCUGGGUACCGACAGCAAAACGUAACUUAAAAUAGUUACCUAUAUUUUAUAUUCUGUUUGAUUUGCGAGUUUAUUUUUGAUAUAUUUAUUACUCUUGGCAAUUCUUACACAUAUAUUUACUACUAUUUACUACUAAUAAUAUUAGUCUAAGUCCGUUCGAGAAAUGGGCCCCAGCGGGCUAAGCACGAUCGCAUUUUUGU